AUGGACAGUGAGCGCGCUCCGGAAACCGUAGCGAGCCGUUCGAACGAGCCCGCCACGGUAUGGUAUAGUACCGUCCGCAGGACCAAGCUACCGCGGGAACUCAACAACGAAUCUCUGUUGACAAACACCAUGGCGAAACGAAAGGCCCUUAUUGCCGUCGAACGUCAAAAGACCGUACCAAUGACCAGCAAUAACACUGCUAGUACUAGUCUUCGUGGGCGCCGUACGGGGGUGAUCUUCUCGUCACAGGACGAUGCCCCGCUCCGCGUCGACUCGGACGGUAUGGAGAACGCCGACGCCUUUUUCGAAUCGGCCCGGACGCCGCCAGCGAUAGCAGUCACGAGAAAGGAAAAGGAAAAUCGACCCCAGAAACAUUUGCGAUUUUCGUUGGACAGUCACGGCACCUCCGGUAGUCACGGUUUCUUUGACAAGGGCGCGCUCCGCCGCUCCCAAGCGACGCGGCGUCGGGAACAGUGGAGCCCGUCCGAAUUGAGCAAAGUCUCGACGGCACCGCCGUCGGUGGACCGGACGCGGGAAGCCGCCGUUUUGGAAGAAGACGUGGAACAAACACGCAAAGGAGACGAUCUGGAUGAUGAAGAAGGUGCCGACGCGGUAUUUGAGAAUCGACACGCACCGGGGAGUCCGGGAGCGAACGAUUUGGUUGUCACCAAUGAUCCUUUCGAUGACGAUGGAGACGAUAUGAUUCCGGAACCACCUCCGGACUCUCCGACGCCCGAUGACGACCUGACGCAGGAAGAUGAUCACAUGGAAGCCCCAACACAGAACGAAUCCGAUUUCCCCGUUGAUAUGGACGACGACGAUGAUCUCGUCGACGAUGACAACGAAGGAGACGGGUUCCAAAUGGCGGGCUCACCUGUCCCAGAAACGCCCGACAAUGCGCUUACGGAACGUCGCCUUGUUGAGGAGAAACGAUUUGAGGAGAAACGAUUAAAGAAAAAACGCAAAGAAGAGAUAAAGCUGGCGGCGAUGAAAGCCUUCAAUGCUGCCAACAAGUCGUCGUCGGAGGCUGACAGUGACGACCAGGAUGCCAAGACGCCGAAGCGAAAAACCAAAGGACAAAAGAAGAAAACAUCAAGGAACGCUGUCUUUUCUCCCAAGGGAAUUCCCACUGGUCCUCGUGAGUACAACGCUGUACCCGUUUCGGAACUCAAGCAAUCUCCUCCCGCCGAGGCAAAAAAAUGGCGUCGCUCACGUCGGGCUCGGACCAAACCGCUCGACUUUUGGAAAAACGAACGCAUCGUCUACGGCCCCAACGACUUUGACGACGAUGAGUAUGUGGGAGUCAAGAACAUGCCGGUACCGAUCGCAUUUUCCUUGGCCCAGCCUACGCCAUACAAGAAGCGUAAGGCUCCUGUUUGGAUCGAUUCUGACAAGGCCAUAGCGUUAAAGAAGCACCGUGUGGCCGAGUCGUCUGCCGUGUCGAUUGAAGAAGAGCCUUUCGACAGUAGUAAGCUGCGCAAGAAAUACGAUUACAUGAACGGGCAAGACGCAAACUUGUGGGACGAUGGAACUCACGAGCAGGUUUUUACAAAGGCCGUCGCUUUUCACGACGAGCUCGAAGAACGCAAACUUCCGCUAUCCAAACUGCGUGCCAAGUCUGACGGUAAGGUAGUGGGACGUGCCGCACAGGCUUUCAACAUUCACACUGAGUGCGACUACGUUGGCUACAUCAUGGGCAACCUUACACUACCUCCCAAGGCUAUUAAGGACCCCGAAUCGGUCGGGCCCUGUGCUCAAACGUUCACUGUUGUUAGCGGCCAAAAGGGAGCCAUCGAAAUCGCCUACGGAGCGCCUAGCGAAGAGGAGGGCUUGCUCGACGAUCAGACGGCCCAGCGUUUUCUGCUGGGUCCGCGUGACAUGUUCCGUAUCCCCCCCGGCAACUGUUACAGAUUGCAGAAUCACUCCAAGACGAGCGAGUGCUACAUGACGUGGACAAUUAUUCGGGCACCAGUGAACCCUGCCGAAUCGCCUUAGGCCCGGGACUUUCUCAGGAUUCGGGGGAUUCCAUUAUAUUAGUGCAGUGUCGUGGGG